UGUCAUCGUCCAACCAGUUCGAGGUGACUGGAAAAAUGUCGACGAUUGCCACGUUAGUGCUGUGCGCAAUUUUUGCCCUUUCGUCAGGAGACCGAGACAGCGAGUUUCUGGCGGAAUGUAUGAACGAUGAUUCGGUGACCGAAGAAGAUUUCGAAAAAUACGACUUUGAAACCGACAAGGCGCUGUGUUUUGUCAAGUGUCUUUUCACCAAAAGAGGGGUCUUAGAUGAGGAGGGUAACAUCAUCAACGUUGAUAAAAUUGAUGGGAUUACUGGACGGUACAAAUUUGCAAAACAUGAACUGGCUAACUUUAUGGACUGCAUUGAGGCGAUUGGACAAAUUAAGAAGUGUAAGGAUGUGAAGAAAAUGGAGCUUUGUUAUGAUGUAGUUGAUAAGUAGUGUAAAAG